CGUCGAUAGCCGGCGCUGCGCCGCGCUAGGCGGAUGGCUCUGGCUGGAAGCCGUCUGCUCGGAGGGUGAUAGUCGUUGGCUAGCCGCGGUCCGUGCCGGUAUUCAGAGAGUUUUUCCGCGAGAUACCAUCCCGUCCCGUCCAAUUGAUGCCGUUCGUCAUUGACGAUCGCGAGAUACUACCGAUACAGUUGUUUUAUUUCGUCAUGCGUGCGACGUUUGCUGGGCGUAUUGUUGUGUCGAGCUUGACAUUGUUGACUAGUGGGUGAUACACCGUUUCGAGCACGUAGUCUGCCACCUAUGACGUGCUCUCGAAAAACGAGGGCAAUGGUGAAUUUAAACUACCCGGGCAGUGUGAAGUUCAGUGAAUUGAAGUUCGUUGCUCUUUAUUAGGUGAGGUAACAGGUGUUUACGGGUCUGGCCUGUUAUAGUUUUGGAAAACGACGAUUGUUCGAUUUGUGAUGAAACAAGGCGUGUUAGUAAGUCAAUAAUUACUACAGAGUAAUUAACAGCCCAAUUUGUAAUCUUUUAUAAAACGAAAUGCUAAAACAUACAUUUUGAAGUGUAUGGCAUUUUCCACAGUUGAUGUUUAAGAGUGAUACUGAAUUUUUCAAGAGAUUUUUUAAUUUUGAGUUAUCGAGAAAUUUCCCUCAGCGUUGAUAAACUUAAACACUUUAUUAAUUCAGAAAAAAAAACUACCAUGUGUUCAGUGAACAGUCUCUCGACAAGAAGAAAUACUGCAAUGUGGACUGCAUAUAUAAUGUCCCUGUUUGUGUGAACAUCAAUCACAUCAGAAGCAGUGCACUCACCGGAAGUGUUGUCGCGCAAAAAAUACAAAACCAAGAUCAUGGAAAUCGUUACUUUUAAUGCGGCUCGCCAAGAUUUGCUGCUAAACUGUGGGGAACUGAAGCCGAAGCAACAAGUGCACACCAAUGGGACGCUCCGAUCCAUCAAACAGCGAAGAAAUGCGAAAUUGAUCCAGCAACAGCAACAGCAGAAAGUUCCCGCCAAUCGCAUCGUGGUUAGUGCCGAGAUAAAUUAUGAUAAAUCAACCAGUUCCCGUGAUAGUGAUAGCAAUAAUAAUAAUAAUAACUGCACUAGUGUAGUGCAAAAGUGUAAUGGCAGUGCUAUCAGGUUGAGUGGCGGUGGUGGUGGACCGACCGGUAAAAGUGGUUCCCUUCGGUCGUCGUCGGUUGGGGUGGUGUCCAGCGGGAAACCGGUCAACCUGACGCUGUCGAAAAUGUCUCUGCUGUGGAACACCAGCGGCUGGAUACGAGUCUACUGCGGUCCGGACCGGAGUGAUGUAAGCUGCGAAGAUCCGAGCCGGAUGGUGCAUGUAAUCACGACCGCAACCACGCUGGAUGUGGUGAAAGAUAUGGACCUACCGAUGGAGUACACGUUGUGGGUUCAAAUUGGUGGCUCGAAAACCCGUCGGCUCGAGGAGAACGAAUACCCGCUGUUGGUUCAGGAAGAAUUCCUCAAGUCGCUCGGCUAUCUGGACGAGUCCCGACGGGCUCGACUGGGAAUCGACCCGGAGCUGAAGCACUUGAUUCGGUUUCAUAUUGGCCCAUCGGAAAUACCCAUGUGCAAGGGCGUUCUCCGUUCGGGAUCGGUGGAGAUUCUCAAGGGUUUGGUGUUUCCCCAGUGGAGAAGACGAUAUCUGUCUAUCAUCGGGAGCAAAUUGGUCGUUUUCCCAGCUGGUUCGGCGUUGUCUCCGGAAGUGUACGAACUGUCGGGAGCGGACAUCUACGAACAUUCACCCGGUUACAACCGACUGAUUAUAAAAAUAGUGCCAAAGUCAAUCGAUAAUAACAAUGGAAGCAGUACAAAGGAGAACCUGAGUAGGUUCAUAGACAGUACCAGUACGACGCACCUGUACAACAGCACUGCUAGUGUCCACUCGAUCAGCGACCGCGAAACAGUGCUAUUUCUGGGCUUUGAAGAAUCCUGGGAACGUGACCAGUGGAGUGGGUGGCUAUCAGAGAUCAAACAAGAUGGCAGUGGUGAUGGUGAAAAACGGUUGGAUCUGGGGGAUUCCGGAUUACAGCAAAUUCCGGAAAUAUUCCUGCAAUCGUGUACCACGGUGGAAGAGUUGCUGGCUGGGAAAAAUAAGCUGCAAGAGUUGGCGCUGAGAGCACUCGGUGAAUUCGUGCAGCUGAAGGUGCUGCGAUUGAAUGGAAAUGCGCUGAAAAGUUUUCCCGAUAGUCUGUACAAUCUGCGAAGUUUGAAGAUUCUGGACUUGGAGGAGAACGAGAUCCGGAAGCUGCCCGAGAAGAUCGCGGUUUUGACGAGCUUGGAGGAACUGAUACUGGAGAAAAAUGAACUUCAAGAACUGCCCAACUGCCUGCAGAAAUUGACGAAUUUGAAAACGUUGAAUGUGGCGUACAAUCAGCUAGACCGCUUGCCCGCCUUCAUGGUGAACAGUAGCAACAUGCGACCCGUUGGGUUAUUUCAAAGGAAUGAUUCCGUUAGAAAUGGUCAUCACAGCGAUCCGUUGGAUAAGGACGUCGAAAAGAUCGAACUGCCACUGACCAAAGUUAAUUUACGAGGAAAUCAACUGAAGGGAAGCAUCAUCCUAGGAAAUUAUGGACUCCUUACCCAGUUGGAUGUUAGUGAGAAUUCGAUUGAGAUCAUGGAUUUAUCGGCGCUGGAUAAGCUGGAAACAAUUCAAUGCUGUAGAAACAACUUGAAAGAGCUCACACUGAACGGAAGGCAUUUGCACUCGUUGAUUGCGGGAAACAAUAAUCUUACCAAAAUUAUGGUUCGAGCAACACCAACAAACCUGAAGCAUAUCGACAUCAGUUUCAAUUGUCUCCGAGGGCUACCAGAUUGGCUGGUCGGAUGCCAUCAGCUGCGCACGUUGUACGCCAACAACAAUCAACUGCACGUUAUAUCCGAACACCUGCUAAACAACGAACAUGCAACCAUACUUACCCUACACUUGGCGUACAACAAUCUGACCAGUUUCCCGCCGAUGGUCAAGCGGAAGCUGCCCCUCCAAAAACUGUACCUGCAAUGUAAUCACAUCGAAGACCUGCCGGAGAAUUUCUUCAUAGCCUGCGAACGUCUUACAAUACUCAACAUCUCCAGUAACAAGUUGAUGACACUCCCGAUCAUUUUCGGUACCAAUUGCAAUCUCGAGCGGCUCUACGCCACUAACAACAAUCUCACAGAUCGGGUACUGGAUUCACUCAUUUGUCUGACUCGACUAAAGGUUCUGCACAUAGGCUACAACCAUCUGACAACGCUUCCGGAAACAUGCAUAACCUGCUGGGGUGAGCUGGAAGAGUUGGUCAUCUCGGGGAACAGGUUGAGGCACCUGCCAGAAAAUCUCACAAAUUUACGAAAUUUGCGGGUUUUGCGGGUUCACUCCAACCAGUUACAAUCCGUUCCUCCAUUGGCAAAGAACUUGAGCCUUCGAGUUCUGGAUCUGGCUCACAACCAACUCGAUAAGAUCAACAUGGUGUCGCUGGUGUCGAAACAUCUGCAGUUCUUGGAUUUGUCCAGCAAUACACAACUACAAGUUGAUCCCCAUCAGUUGCAAGCGUGUCGAUCGCAAAGACCCAUGAGCUUGGUGGAUGUUUCCGGUAAAAAUAGGCCCUCGCUGCCAACUGCACCGUGGCCGUACCAGGAGAACGAAGAGUACGAGCCGUGCUGGAAGGUCGGGUUUGCGGAAACUCCUGGGUGUCUACCAAAGUUGUACAUUUCGCAGUUGCGCUUGCCUGGGUUCUGUAAUUCGGAGGGGUUGUUCGGUAUGUUCGAUGGGGAGGUCAACAAUUUGAUACCGAAUAUGUUGGUGAAAACAAUUCCAAAGAUAUUGUUGGAAGAGCGAACAGUGAAAGAAACUGCCAAUGACUACAUGAAGUACACGUUGCUGUCGGCACAUAGGGAGCUGAAACAGCAAGGGCAACAUGAGGCGGUUAAUGUGACGUUGUGUCACAUAUCUAGGAGCCGGGUUCCAAGUGAGAUCAUGAGUUAUCUUCCGCAGGCAGCUAGUGGGAGAAAGUUUAUCUUGCGGGUAGCUAGUGUUGGUGAGAGCGUUGCGGUGUUGAUCAAGCAUAACAGAUGUGUAAAGUUGACUAAAGCUAAUCCCUGCCGGAGAAUUGGUUUAAGUGCAAACUAUCCGGUUACGGUGCCUGAUCCGGAGGUUACGGAAGUAGUUCUGAGCGAUGCUGAUGAGUACCUGGUAAUAGGGAAUAAGAAGUUGUGGGAGGUGAUAACAAUGGAAACCGUAGCUGAAGAAAUUCGAAAAGAAGAGAAUAUUUUGCUGGCUGCAAAGCGUGUUCAGGACAUUGCUCAGAGCUAUGGAGCUGAGGAGAAUAUCAGUAUUAUUAUCGUGAAGUUCAACAAUCUGGGUACGGAUAUUGACUUUCUGAUGAGGGAACUGAGGCAAACUAUAAGAAAAAAGCCUCCUGGAACGGGAAGUAUAAUGUCGGGGUUUUGUAAGUGUGGGUGUUGCUGUGAAUCCAACAAUAACUGUUGUCACUCCGGAGCAUCGGGCACCUUCAUGAGACAUCCUUCAGGGAGAAGUGAUCGCUCGUCUCCAAGCGGUCAGAGCGAUCAGACUUCUGGGAGUGAAACUCAAAUGAAUGGAACAAAAACCAGGUGUAUGGAUGUAACCACUCUGAGCACAAGAAAACCCAAUGCUUAUCUAACUAAUGAACGAAGAAGUUUACGAGGAGGUGUUGUACGAGCUGUACGGGCAAGAAUUGAAGAAGAGAAAGAACGAGAAGUUGAAGAAUCUGACUCCGCCAUGUCGGAGGAGCAGUUCAAAUGCUGGGAGUACAUGCUGGAACAGAACACCCAACUGCUAUUCGACAAAGAACUCAAUACAAUAUCUCGAGCUUUUACCAAACGGCCUGGGUCUAGCACUAACCUUGCACGGCCACAGAUGAAAUCACUGUCUUCCAGUUCACCACAAUUAGCUCAUGACAGUGAUAGCUGCUUUAACUCUUCCCUGAACGGAUACAAUACAAUGGCACACCCAACACGUGCUACGCCGUUCCUCUCGAAACAAUUCGGCAGUACACGUUCCUUCCACCCUACGUCUUCCCAAAAUUUCUUCAAACCCAUACGGUACAAUACUACUAGACCUCAGCCGAUCAACGCCGGUCCGAAUGCUGCCUACUUCGGAUCCCUUCAGAGAUUGAUGCCGUACAACCUGGAGUACGACUUCAACGCCAUGCAGGAAAGGUACGCCGCGAAUAACGAUGGAAGCGCACUUGAGCUGGAUGCCGUAGAUCCGGACGGAGGACGGAUGCAACAGUAUUGGGGAGUCGCCACAACAGAACUGUGAGACUAUCAAUCCUCGGAUAAACACAGUGACACAGACGUAGAUGUAUUUCAGUUUUAAGAUGUAUUGUUUGUAAAGGUCUCAUUUUCAUUUCGUUUAGCAAUAAAUUAAAUAAAUAUGUACACAUUGGAUUUUACACAGUUACUCAGCUAUCUGUAUAAGGAUCUGUUGUUUCUACUUAAACGUUAAAUGCUCUUUUUUUCUUGAAAUUCUAUUUACACUUUCCGCAAUCGUGCGCUACGUGAAUAACUUUAGGAAAAAAAAGUUUACUUUACACCUAUUAGAUUCCAUCCAAACUGCUGGCUUCCCCGCUUAGUAAAUACUAAAUGCUUACGAUUUACCGUGAAAUAUGAUUGCAGCCUGAAACAAGACUAGAGCUUUGACACGGAUUCCGACGAUUGUAAACUGAAAAACCU